AUGAACUUUCUCCGCUCUGCUUCUUCCUUGGCCCUGAGACCCAGCAGCCACAUCCUGACUCGCCGCGCUGCCCUCCCCGCCACCUCCUUCGCCGUCCGCCAUUUGUCCGACUCGACCAAGAAGACUAUCGAGGAUGCCAUUACCCAGAACAAGCUCGUUGUCUUCAUGAAGGGAACUCCUCAAGCCCCCCAGUGCGGAUUCAGUCGUGCCGUCAUGCAGAUCCUUACUGUUCAGGGUGUCGAUAUGGAUGGUGCUUUGAAGAGCUUCAACAUCUUGGCUGACGAGGACCUCCGCAACGGAAUCAAGGAGUACUCAUCGUGGCCCACUAUCCCCCAGGUGUACAUUAACGGCGAGUUUGUUGGAGGCUGCGACAUCAUGUUGAACAUGCACCAGUCUGGCGAUCUCGAGAAGUUGUUGUUGAAGGAGGGUUUGAUCGAGCCUGAGGCCGAGGAGAGCCCCAGGGCUUAA